UUGUGUUGGGUUCCUUCUAAGCCAUCACAAGGAGAAAAGAAGGAGCUUUAUCGGUCCUAAACCCUACGCGCACCCACGCCCUAUUCGCCCCAACCCUCACCACCCUCUGUAAGCAGUAAUGGCGACGGCCGCCUUCAGCGCCACGUCCCCAACCCAAUCGCGACCCGCCCAUCGCCACCGUCCCCUUCCCUCCCUUACCCGCCUGCGGGCUAUCCGAUGCUCCUCUGUUUCUAAAGUCCCGGCCGUCACCGCUGCCGCCACCGCUGACCCCUCCCCGGUGUUUCGGUCUGUCGCUGCCUUCGCCCCCGCCACUGUAGCCAACCUCGGCCCUGGCUUCGACUUCCUCGGGUGCGCCGUUGGCGGCGGCCUCGGCGACACCGUCACCGUCUCCGUCGACUCCGCCGUCGCCCCAGGCACCCUCUGUAUCGCCGACGUUUCCGGCUGCGCCGCCGCCGCGAAGCUCAGCCGAAACCCUCUCUGGAACUGUGCUGGCAUCGCCGGCAUCGCCGCCAUGCGCAUGCUCGGCAUACGCUCUGUCGGCCUCUCCCUCUCCCUCCACAAGGGUCUCCCCCUGGGCAGCGGUCUCGGGUCCAGCGCCGCCUCUGCCGCGGCGGCGGCGCUCGCCGUCAGCGAGCUCUUCGGCGGUCGUCUCUCCCCCGACGAACUCGUCCUCGCCGGGCUCGAGUCCGAGAAGAAGGUCAGCGGCUACCACGCCGACAACGUUGGGCCCUCCAUCUUGGGAGGCUUCGUCUUGAUCCGAAGCUACGAUCCCUUCGAGAUCAUCCGCCUGGAGUUCCCGGCCGACCGGGAGCUCUACUUCGUUCUCGUGGGUCCCGAGUUCGAGGCGCCGACCAAGAAGAUGAGGGAAGCUCUCCCGGCGGAUAUCUCGAUGAAGGACCAUGUGCGGAACUCGAGCCAAGCCGCUGCACUGGUGGCGGCCGUGCUGCAAGGGAACGUGAGGGUUCUUGGGUCGGCGAUGUCCGCCGAUUGGAUUGUGGAGCCAAGGAGAGCGCCUCUGAUCCCCGGGAUGGUGAGCGUGAAGAAGGCAGCCAUUGAUUCUGGUGCCUUCGGGUGCACCAUCAGCGGUGCAGGCCCAACUGCUGUAGCAGUCACCGAUGAUGAGGAGAAAGGAAAAGAGAUCGGGUCUCGGAUGGUGGAGGCAUUCUUGAGGCAUGGCAAUCUAAAGGCCAGUGUGACGGUGGCGAAGCUUGAUAGAGUUGGAGCAAGGGUUACUGGAAGCAGUGCUGUGCAAAAGCAGGGUUUCACUCAUUUUUGUCCAUCAGAACAAUCAAGCGUUGAUAUCAAUAAGGAUUUGAAUUUGGAGCAUGAUGCUGAAAUGAUUUUAAAGAAGACUUGGAGAAAAGAGGGAAUUUUAGACGAAAGUAGUAGACAAGAAGAGGCAGGUAAGGCUAGCCUGCCUAGACAGGCUAUGUGAGUUAUGCUGCUGCUUAUCCAAGAUAAUUUGGCUGUGCUUAUUGGCGUUUGUGCUGCUUCUUGUGGAUGUUGGAUCUCUAUCCUUAUUUAUCUGCAAACCAACAAACUGCAACAUUUCAUCUCCCUUCCAAGAAUAUAAAUGGGAACUCUGAUUGUUGCCACACUACUCAAAAUGACAAUAAAGUGAGGGUUGGUGGUGAUUGCUGUCA